GGAGGAGGAGGAGCAAAAUAGGGCAUCUUCAGAUCUGAGAGCACACGUCAUGACAGGCCAGAGUGAAAGAGAAGUAAACUUCCCAUUGUAGUAAAAAAAGCUGGUGGAAGAACACGAAGCAUGCCAUCAUAAAGUGGAUCCGGAGGUGCUAAAGGAAGGAGAAGAAUCGGGGCAGAGAUGGCACAGCAAGAAGAACCCCUGUACGAUUUCCCAGAGCCCACCCAAGUAUCGGAGCGCAAGCUGUUGCAUCAGAGGGGUCAGGGUUCCCUGAAAAACAUCAGCGUACUGGACCGUCUCCUGCUUACAGUGCCCGUCUGGCUCCAGCUAUCAAUCAACCCAGCCACAGCACUGCACAUACUGCAGAGGGAGCCUCCCGGGACGUUCCUGGUGCGAAAGUCUCGCACGUCCCAAAGAAACGUGCUCUGUGUGCGUUUGACGGAUGACAGCGUGCCAUCGUUUGUUCAGCAGUUUGGUAUCAGAGAGGAGCAAGGCACUCUGUCUCUGGAGACUUCAGCCAUCAGCUUUCCAGAUCUUCCAAGACUAAUUUCCUUUUACUGUGUUAGCAGAGAUGUGCUACCAUUCCCUCUGGAGCUUCCUGACGCAAUAGCGAGGGCAUCAUCGCACAAAGAGCUCGAGUCUAUCUCACACAUGGGAAUAGAGUUUUGGAAUUCCCACCUAAAUGUCCGUGGGCCACGGGAGACACCUAAGCCCCGAAAAGCUAAGGAGAAGAAGCCAGAUGUUGCAACCUCAGCCCUGCCCAAGUCUGCACUGCAGUCAAGCUCUGCAGCUCCGUCUGACUCAGCUCCACAGCCAGACUCAGACAACCAGAAUAAAUCUGCACCUGACUCAGAUGCUGCCGCCCAGAAAUCGUCUCCAAAUUCCACCUUGUUCCACGAGUUUUGCCCGAUCACGACGCGUAGUCCCUUAGAGCUGGACUGUGGCUCUGGGCUGGGUGCUCUCUGUUUCAUCAACCCUCUUUUCCUGCAGUCUCAGAGCACUUUAUCCAGACGGCGCAUGUUCAAGCACAGCCUCAAAGUCCGGGUUUCAACAGAGACAUCGACCAUGCUGUCGCCCCCGCUUGCUCCACCACCUCCGCCACCUCUAAUGCCAAAAACCAAGGGGAGGCGUAAAGCCCAGAAGAGCGGACAGGAAACACUCGAGCUGAGAAAAGGCCAGACUGCUCAAGACGGCCAUACCCAGCCGGUAACGCAGAACAAUCCCAGCGGUGCUCAACUGCAGCCUUCAUCAGUAAUUCCUCACAUCCAGCCAGGGAUGCAGGAGCAGCAGAUGGAAGCACGCCAAAGUAAAGAGCGAGUGAAAGAAGAGGAGGCUACUGCUCAGCCACCAGCUAUAAAGGAGCAUCUCCCAGAUGACUCUGACUACAUGAAACCCUGUCCAAUAAUCAGUGUCCCUAAUUGUGCCUCACUGUCGCCUAAGCCACCUCCUCUUUUCCCCAAAAUGUCUCAAUCCCUCUCUCCUCGUGACUCUCCCAGUGCUUCUCCCUCUCUUUCCCCUUAUCAGUCCCCAUCUGUAUCUCCCAAGACGCACAUUUCUCUGUCCCCUAAUGACUCACCCAGCCUGUCUCCCUCCCAUUCGCCUUAUCAGUCCCCAUCUCUUUCUCCUAAGGUCCCCUACUCUCUCUCUCCCCCUUCAUCUCCCUACCCUUCUCUCCGUUGAUAGAGCAGACCAGCGAUACAUACUCCACUCCUUCAACACCGGAUCAGUUGAGAUCAGACAGUGAAGCUGAAGAGAAGGAGGAAGCACAAGUGAUUGAAAACAAUGACAAGGAUGGAGAAUACAAAGAAGAUCAGCACAAAAAGAGGGAAAAGGUUGAAGAGGAUGACUCUGUGUUACAAAUGAAUGCUGCUUCAGUAAACGAUAGGGAGAGCUGCAGUACUGAAGAAAUGGCAGAAACUCCUGAUAGGUCCGACAAACAGGCCGAUGGUACAAAAGCAUCUAACGAGCAAACAGGUUAAACUGCCUUUCAAUCAUAUUACUAAUCCCUGGGAUUACUUCAGAAUGCCAGUAGUUCCUUCAGGGUGACUCUUUAUUGUUAAAAUGUAGUAAAAGUGAGUUUAUGAAAAUGAAACCUGCUAUGAUUCUGGAAGGAAAGAAAAAUACCACCCAGAUCUUAUCAAAUUGAUUUUUUUUUUAUUUGUUCAGAUUCAACAUCAAAAAUACUUACUCCAACUCACCAGAAGAGGAAUAACACUAAUCCAAUAUGCCUUAAUACCAAACUGUGCAAAAAAAUAACAUGAAGUAUUACUUUGCCUUACAGUCAACAUUAAGUUGUCACUGGAGCUAGUUAACAGUCUAAACCUCUCAAGUCAUUAACACAGAAAUGGACAUAACUAAAAAGGAUCAGCUGUGAAGAUUGUAAAAUCUGUAGCCAAGAGUUGACUGUAAAAAGUAUUCACUUCAAUCACUUUGAGUUACCAUAACGAUUUGUAAAAGCAUUUUUUUCAACGCCUUAACCAUUUUUAAGUGUCAGGUUACAUUAGUUUAGUUCUUACUUCUCAUUAGAAAAGUGUUUGCCAAAGACAUCUGCAAGAGUGAUGAGCUAUUAAUAAUAAUCUCACUCAUUUGUAUCUGACAGUUCUCAUCAGAAACAGACCUGACACUGAACCA